GAAGGACGCACGCUGGCGGAAGUGACGUAAACAUACCGAGACGCCGGCUUCGGGAGGGUGGAAAGGUGUGUUUGCGGGGAGACCUAAGUGGGUUAAAAGACCCGAUGAAUAAGGGAAAAGGCGGGGGGGGGGGGGCAACAGUCCUUUGCCUCUUUAUGCCCUCUGCGGGAGGGUGGGUCCUAAAGAGAGGGGCGUGGCCAAUCCCAUGUCACGCCCCCUAGGAAUCCCCUAUUUCUUUGUUUACAUACAGUCACAUAGCUGUCAACUUUCAGAUUUGAAAAUAAGGGAUCAGCAGCCUUACCUGUCCCAGGGAGCCUCGAAAAUAAGGGGUCAGCAGCCUCACCUGUCCCGGGGACAGUCUACGGGAUAUCUAACAAUCCGGGAUAGCAGCGGGAAACAGCGGGAUUUCCCACAAAAAAAGGGAAUGUUGACAGCUAUGUACAGUCAGUGCUUUUUUUCUGGGGGUACACAUACACCUAAACAUUUUGUGAAUCUUUGCACUUUUGUCGUUUACUGUUUUUCCCGAUAUGAACUAUAAAAUGGUGAUUUUCUUGAGUCAAAAUGAGAAUAACCCUAAACAUUUUUUUAAGGAAAAAAAAGCACUGCAUACAGUAUAUCCUGCCAGUUCGUGAAGGAGAAUUAAACAUAAUUCUCUCCCAGCUCAACCUCCUCCAGCUUGUUCUCUCACAACAUGCUUUAAGGGACUGGUCAGGAAUGAAGGGGCAUCAUAGUCCCAGCAGCGGCUGAAGGGCAGCAGAGUGGAGUGGACUAGCUGAAGAAAGGUCACCUCAUGGCUUCGGGGUAUUGACCCUGGAUCUCUCCCCUAAUCUCAGUGUGAGGUACUGAGUUACUACAGUCUCAUACCGACUCACCACUGCUUCAAGGAGGGGGGAAUCUACUCACCUGUAUAUCCAACCUUUAGAGAGCCAAGAGGACUCGCUUUUCUAAAUUUACUAAUUUUUUAAUGCUCAAUCUUUACUGUACUCUUCAUUAUUGGUAUUUUUUAAAAAACAAAAAUUGUACAGAAUAUCUGCAGUGUUGGGAGUAUAAGGAAUGAAGGUGUGGUAAACCACGGCAUCGAAUUAACAUGAUUAAUGAAACAAUCUAAACCGCUUGCUGCUAGUUUGAUUCACAUCUUGGCUUUGUCUCCAGCUUCCUGUCACCAUACACCUUUUUUCAGCAUGUAUUUGUGUAUGUUAAAGUAAGAUUAGAAUACUUGCUUGCUUAUGAACUUGAAUUUUUGACCUGCACAAAGGAUUUUCUACAUUGCUGUCAUAGCAGCUAGGCUGGCCUGGUGGAUAUUAUUAGCAAAUGCUGCUUUUUCCAACUGGAGACAACUCUAGAUGUUUUUGAAACCAGCCUGAUUCCUGUAUUUUUUUGUUUUUAAUGCCUGACAUUUUAUUAUGUUUUUAUAUGUGUUGGAAGCCACCCAGAGGGGCUGGGGCAACACAGCCAGAUGGAUGGGAUAUAAAUAAUAACAAUUAUUUUUAUUACAUUUCUCUCCACUUAAGGUUUUGCCACCAUGAGGCCUCUGCAUCACCAGCCCUGUCUCCUCCUAGUUGGAGAAGGAAACUUUUCCUUCUCUGCCAGUUUGUGUGAAGCAAGGAGUUGUGAGGCUCACAUUGUUGCUACUUGCUAUGAGAGUGAAGCUACUGCAACUAGACAAGCUGUUGCCAAGUCCAACAUACAAUAUCUGAGGGACAGAGGUAAAAGGAAGAAGAAAAAUCAAAAAAGAAAACUUGUUUGUUGCAUAAUUUCUGAUAGCUGUUGUUGGAGAACUAUUUUCAUCAGAGCAAAUUGGCUUCUUGGGACUCUGAUAAUGGGCUUGCUGGGAUGCCACAGGAUAAAUGGGGUUGCUAGGAUCCUGCCUAGACAUGUAAACCUUCUAAAUAAGUAACUGGAAGUCCAUCUGUCCUCCUCUUUAUAGCAAGUUGGACUUGCCCUGCAGUAGGUCAGAUGGAAGAAGCAGGAUUAAGGGACCAGGGAAAUGAAUGGUGUUCAGAAGCCACGGUUGCAUUUUCACAAUAUCUGAUUAGAGCAAGUUGAAGAAAAUUGAAAAUAAAAACAUUAUUAGAAACUGUAGGAGGUAGAGGAAAAAUUGGAUUGUGCUUGUGGAAGUUGUUCCACUUGUUCAGUGACUUCCCAGAGCAGUUAAAUGAAAACAAAUCAUGGCUCCACCAUAGCCAGGCCACAGUCACACAGUCAAAAGGAAUCAGUUACAGCAUUGUCAUCUACAUUCUUGGCACAUUUAGAGAGCUGGAAAGGAUCUUGUUUCAGUCUAGCUUGACUUGCUUCUUGAGUCACUUGAAGCUAUUUAUUGUAUCUGCUGUGUACUUGUGGGCACAACAAUCAGGUUUAGGUGAAUUAAUUUGUGGAAGACCUUGUCCUGAAGCAAGGAACUGUGAUGUGGGUAUUGGGUGAGGACCCUGCAAAUUCAAGCCUAAAGAAUAUAUAAAUUUGCUUUCAGUUGUUACCUUUGUUGCAUUGGGAAUACCCUUCCAGGCAGUGUCUCAUUAAGAUAAUGAUAAUAAUAAAGAUUCUGCCUUUUUCAAGUGCCCAUUAAAGUGUGUAUUGCAUGAUCUCCUAGUAUCUUACAUAUCAUUUUUCUUUUACCAUUCCAGGUGCUAAAGUUCUCUUUUGUGUUGACUGCACAAAACUGAAGGAGCAUUUUUUGCCAGCUGAUUGGAAAUUUGAUUGCAUUUAUUUCAACUUCCCCCACUGUGGGAGAAAAGCUGGAGUGAAAAAAAACAGGGAGCUUCUUGCCAGGUUUUUCUUUAGGUGAGGCCAAAAUGAACCAUGUCAAUGUACUCUUGUUACUGGGAAGGUGGUGUGUGUUAAUUUCAGUUGAUGUUGCUACCUAACACCAAAACCUGUCUUCAAUAUAAAAUUGAUAUAAAUGUGAGCCAGCUAAGUUCAGAUGUUCUGGUUUUAUACAGGCAGGCAUAUUUAGUUGAUGCGCUUUCUUUUAAACACUAUAUACAAAUAAAUGCUUUGUUGCAAUUGGCUGUUUUGUGCAACGAGGCAGUGUGGUAGCAGAUGGUCUGUAUAAGUAGGGGAAAUGCACCAGGGUUUUCAUGCAAGAGGUGAUGGGCAGAGAACUAAUAAUUCUGCGCCUUGGAGUUCCUAUUAAUUUUUGCAAGUUUUCCAGCACCUCCAGUUAGAGGAACUAUAAAGAUCCUAUUUGGAGCUGAUAAGGUCUAGUGAGAAAAUAUAAGCACUAUGUGUUUCCCUCUCUUUGUAAUCUUUCUUUUGCUGAAAGUUUCUUGUCAUACCUGCCCAAGCACAGUAACCAAUCGUAUAACACACUCUUUCCCCUCUCAAAGUGCAACUCUCACAAUCCUUCCCCCACCCCCUAAAAUAUUGCUAAAAGCAACACAGUCCAAGGACUUCUUGGAAACAGCUUAAUAAGGCAGCAGAGUGUUGCCUCAGGCACAAAAGAAUGCUACCCAUUACUCCUCUGUUCCUUUUCCAGCUGUGCAGAGGUCCUGGCAGAGAAAGGCAAGGUCCAUGUGGCACUUUGCAGAGGGCAGGGUGGUACCCCUGCAGACCAGCCUGUGAGGGAAUGGCAUAACAGCUGGCAAGUAGUGGCUAUGGCAGCGGAGGCAGGAUUUAUUUUGAGCGACAUUCAUCCAUUUAACAUCGGGGAUGCUUGCGGAUAUAAAUGUACAGGUUACAGGUAAGUUGCAGCACAGCACAGCAGAUGGUGGCAUUCCAGAUGUCAUUGUGGGUGUUGCCAUGGUAACCAGCAUAUUAGCAUCUGCUCUUGCUUCUGAAGCUCCCUCCGUGUUUAAGAAACAGCAAGGAAGUUUCUUUGCUGGAUGUUGCUUUAUAAGAUUCCUGCCUCUAGCAGCAAGAGUGCUAUAUUUUAUACCAGCCUUUCCCAGUCUGGUACCCUCCAGAUGUUUUUGACUGCUGACUCCCACCAGCCUUGACUCAUUGACCUUGCUGGUUAGGGUAAUGGGAGUUAAAAAUUCAUGGAGGACACCAGGAUGGGGAAGGCUGCAUUUUAACUGUCUUUGGUUCUCAGGACUUUAUCAGGUUAGUUGAUAGAGGGAAUGGAUUGGAUCUCAAUCUCCAGUUAAGUGCUACACAGAUACUGGGGGAAAGAGUCAGUAGUUUCCCAUGCCUUCCUUCCACCAUUUACUUUCAGCCAGCCUGGCAUUUAUACCAAGGCCCUGAAUCUACAGUCGUACCUCUGCUUAUAUCCCUCUGGAUAUGUAAACUUCAGGUUGUGAACGCGGCAAACCCAGAAGUAAUAUACUUCCGGCUUUUGCUGUGCAUGCAUGCGCAAAAGUGCUCUGCACGCCACACGCAUGCGCAGAAGCGCUCAAUCACGCCGCGUGCGUGCACAGAAGGGCGCCUCCGGUUACAGACUUUUCAGGAUGCGGCCGGGCCUCCGGAACGGAUCCCAUCCGUAACCAGAGGUACCACUGUAAUUGGUUUACUGUUGAUCAUGUAGCUCAGCAUAGUUUGUUUGGUUUCAUGCUUGUGCGAAUAAAGAGUGUCUAUUUAACCAUUCUUGGCUUGUUUGUUUGCAGGAGUCAGGAUAAACCUUUUCAUGUAGAAGGAGCUUUGAAUCACAUAUUCACACAGAGUGUGCCUUUUCAGCAUCCCAAGCCUAUGAUCUGUCAAACAGAACUGGAAGGAAAGUUGGUUUCCUUCCUUGUUCCAGAGAUAUUUCUAGAUAAGAUUAACAGGUAUGUAACUGAGUUUCAGCACCCAUUUGAAGUUAAUAAAUAUACAGCAUAGUCACUCAGUUGAGGACUGUGGAAAAUUCAGUAGGCAUCUUAUUUUCUUAGCCCUGGGGUGAUCUUUAGACCAGUCCUCACAAUGUUAAUUUUGAUACAAGUUCCAUUGACUAGUAUUUACUUCUGCGUAGGUAUGGUUGGCGUUACAGUCUAAUCUUCAUCUAAAGUUUGUAAUGUAUAAAAUAUAUUGUGGUUUAAUGGAUGUUUGCUGAAUCCAAAUCCUGGGGAAAGCUGCAUUCAAAUUCUCCUUCAUGGGAUCUCUUUGUAGCUUUGAACUACUAGAGACACGAUAUCCUGCUGCCGUUACUGCUGGAAGGGGGCUCCAGCUGUCAAAAGACAAAUAGUCCUGUCUGUCUUGGAUCAUCUGGAAGAAAUAUUUGCUGCCAGAUGGUCUUCCCACCUGCAAAACUCACUAAGGAUCAUAUAGCUCCUUUGCACAUUUUGGCGCUACAUGAACAGAGUGCUGUUCUUUAAAAUACAAAAUCCGAGCUUAAUGACUUGCCUAAGAAUAUUGCUUUCUGUUGUUUUUUCCCUGUUUUUAAAUAGGGGGUUCCUGGAUACAAAUUCGGAACAUCCUAUAAGAACAAUAAACGAAAAGCUCACUGAUGAGCUUGGCAAGUCUUUCCCAGUUCAGAAAGUGAGUGCUUCUCUUUCCUUGAUGUUCCAAGAUUGUCACAGCUCUUCUUCCACUCUGGAUGCCACUUGGAUGGUUCCUGCUGCCCAAAGUAACCCAAAAGCCAAGUCUGUGGUUAAUAAAACUGCAGCGGAUACAGAGGCCUUUGCCUUUCCUUCUGGCUUUCCUGCCUGGGAUGAUACAGAUCUGGGUGGCAACUUGAUCAGCUGGGAAAGAGAUUGGAUCUUUGGACAUUAUUGUCUCCGACCUUCCCUUCUUGUUUCUCUUCACAGAACUGUACGAGACAGAGAGCUUCCUCUGGGGACUUUCCUGGUCCUCAGUGGGCUGGCAUUUAGGAAAUGCAAGCUCUCGGCUCAUGCUCUGCCCAUUUUUCAUGAGUCCGUUUUUAUCUGUGUGGUUAAUAAGGGCACAGAAGAAGCGUGUAGCCAGCUCCUUGCAGAAAACCUUACAAGUACUUUAUGUGCUCUGCUCCAGCCUUCAGGCUUCAAGCUAGACUGUACAGCGGACAAGCCAAAGACACAGCUAAAUACUUUUGCGAAUCCUGAACUUCAGCUCCUUAAAUCAAAGUACUUUUUCAGUGUGACCCCUGACACUUCUGACCCAGACGCAGAUAAACUUUGUGUAGGGACCGUAAGUACAAUGCCGUGGCAGCCUACAAGCAUUGAUAGAGAAAUUAUUUGUGCUUCACUGAACCUUGAUCUUCUGGCCAUGCAUGUAUGUGAAAUCUUUGACUGGCGCAUGCUCUGGACUUCUGACGAGCGCUUCCUAAAUCAGUUUGCAGGAGGGCAUUUAGGUCCGUUCAAGAGCUUUUCCCUCUACCCGGUCUCCUACGUUCAUGACGUCAGCUUCUGGGUUCCGAAACCAGAAGAGUUUAAUGAGACCCAGCUCCAUGCCAUUGCCAGGUGUGUGUCUUCUGAAUCAGUGGUGUCUAUCCAACUGCUCGACAGCUUUCGGCACCCAGGCACAGGGCAAACCAGCCUCUGCUACAGGAUCACUUACCAGUCUUGUGACAAAGCACUGAGUCGCCAGCAGGUGGCAACGAUGCAGAUGAACCUUAGGAAAGAAAUACAGCGCUGUCUGCAUGUGACACUUAGGUAGUUCUUUAUCAUUCUGUGCAGACAGGUUUUGUUGGACUCCCUAAUUCAAAUUAGCUGUGUGUGUUAACAUCAGGCCAACCGUAGCAAGCCUUUUAUAAAGGCUGGAUGGGCUUGAAGGUGGUGCAUACACCACCUUCUUUCUAUUUUCCUAUUUAAGGCAAUAAAGUCAAACACUUUAUAAACCUUG